AUGAUAUACAAAUUUCAGGUAAACCAGAAGCUGCAAAUCUCGCAAAAGAAGAAAGCAAAAAUGUCAAACCGCUUGAAUAGCAACCCCGACGCAAGACGCCGGCUAGAUGAGGAACAAGUUGCCCACCUGUUGAGCCUAAAACUGCCGAUUCCGCCGAAGCUGAAGCGGACGCAGAUGGAAAUGCAGCGAAAUCUGGGCACAAACUACUACCAGAAUCACGGCCACACUCAAGGAUUCGUGCCAGCCACCAGAGAGGGUCAAAAUCGCUACCCCGCUCAGCCACGGACCACCGGCCAGCGGCGUGGGGGCGCGACAAAACGGGAAAACAAUCGCAAAACUGAAGACGAGAUGGCUGCCGGGCUCAAGUCGGCCAUCGCAGCUGCCAAGAAUUUGAACACCGCCCCGCAAAAAUACACUGUUGAUGUGGACGGGCCCGAGAUAACACUAAUCGAGCCGUGUUUUGCGCCCGUACACGAUGAAAUUGAUGAUACGCCUUCAAAACCAGGAGCUUCGAUUGCAGUUCCUACGACCCCUGCAGCGAGUAAAUCCGAAACGAAAAAUAGUGAAUUACCUGGACCUCUUCCGCUUUCGGCAAAAGAGCCAGCUGUCAAGGAUAAAGAAGAAAACGCCGCUCCUAUCGCAUCAAGCUCCGCACCCGCGAAACCGUCAAAAGGUGAUGGCUUUUUCAACAAAAUCGCGAAAAAGAUCAAGCUGAAGAAUCCGUUGAAGCGGAAAACCGCAAAAGCCCUCGAAAAGAUGGACCCGAUUAUGGAACACGGCGAUGAAGAAGCCGAGGUGGAGCCGAAAAUGGCAUCCCCGCAGCCUGUCGUUGUUUUGGAGCCGGUGGAUAUCCCAGAAAUUGUUGUUACUGAUUCAGAAACGAUCGUCGAGCCGGUAAUCGAGAUUGCACGUGAAAAACCGGCGAAUGUUCGUCAGAAAAAAGAUAAGCCGAAAAAUGAAGAGCCCGAGUUUCGGCCCACCGGAAUUUUGCAGCCAGAUCGGGUCAAGAAACGGCAGAACCAAGCGGCCGCUCCGCCUCAACAAAGCACGAAUUGGCAAUUCCAGCAGCAGCACUAUGGUCCGCCACAAAACGGAUAUCAGCAUGGAUAUAAUCAUUACUAUGGGCAGCCGUAUUCGAAUGGAUACGCGGAAAAUUGGCAAAACUAUCCGGACGCGCGUGGCCGGAAUCAAAGGCCGAUGCAGAAUCCGGCGCGAGGCCAAGGUGCCAAUCGGGGCAGAGGAAAUGAAAAUGUUCGCGGAUCCGAGCGGGCCGCCCGAGGCACCCAACGGCCAGUUUUUGAGCCGAAAAAUGUGGCUGUACCUACAAAAGCGCCGUCGGAAAAUGGCGGAACGAUCGGCGUUCGCCAAGACAAGUUAUGGCACGUUAUGCAGAAGAAAAUCGAGGAGGAGCCGAAGGUUGAGACGGCUGAUGAGCAAGAGGCCGCUGCCGCUCAGUGCGUCGACAAAUUGGUACGUGAGGUCAUCAAGGCGGAGGUAGCUGCGAGAAAGGCUGCUCAAAAAGUGGAGAAGGCUGUUGUGCAGUCGGUCAAACAAGUUGAAGUUGCACAAAAGGUGGAUCCUGCUAAGCAGAUCGUUAUAAAACCGGCGGAGCCGGUGAAAAGCAUCGAAAAUGUGCCGAGAGUCGAGCCGACUGGGAUUUCAUAUGUCCAGCCAACCAAGAAAGUCGCCCAAGAAAGUGUCGCAGAUGGGCUCGAUCUGACGAUGUUCUCAUUCCUGGAUGCGCAUGACAGGGCGGAAGCGAGUGCGCUAUCUGCACUGAACCUCGAUGCGGCGGAAAACGAUGAAGAUAGAGCGUCAAUCGUCAGGACAGCGUUAUGGGCAAGUGCGCAGGAACCGCGUACCCUGGGCUCUGAGCAACUUUCCUACACCCAUCUUACCCAAAUUGCCCAGCACUACGCGGCGAUGAAAAAG